AUGACAGACGAGAAAGAUUAUAAAAGUGUUCCUAGCUCAGUAGUUGUUGAUUUUGAUGAAAAUAAUCUACUAGAUGUAGAUGAAGUUUCUGAAACCGGCAGUAGCAGAAGUAGGUUGAAAGCAAUAGCCAAAAAAAUCAUUGCUGCCAGAAGAUUAUUAACGGGUGAAAUAAAUUUUACAAAGUUCAUUCACUUUCCAUGUAGCAUAUUUAUUUCAGAUUUUAGUGAAGGAUUUUUAGAAAAAGACCGUCCAGACAAAACAAAAGUUCGUUGGAUUAAUGUAGAUGGAAUUUCUUGGGAUGUGAUUAAAACACUUGCACUUAAAUUUGAUCUGCACCCAUUGUCAAUUGAAGAUGCUUUACAAAAUACUCAACGCACAAAACGGGAUCAAUAUCAGAACCAUAUUUAUAUCUCACUUCUACUUCAUACUCUUAAUCAUGAUGAUGUAAAGUGUGAAUUGGAAAGAGAUAAUUCAAGCAUGAUUGAAGGAAAAGAAAAUACUAAAUCUUUUAGUUAUAAUUCACGUAAAGAUUUAUUGUUACAUGGCCAUCAAGAAGGAAGUAAAUAUUUGGAAACCCAUAAAAUACUACGAAGGCAAAAAUUAAAUGUUUAUGUAGAGCAAGUAAGCAUUUUCUUGCUUAAAGAUGAAACUUUAUUAACUAUUUUUCAACAUAAUGGAAAAUCUGUUUAUAAACCUAUUCUUGCACGUAUUAAUCAACCAAAAACUUUAUUAAGAACUGCUCAUGAUGCAAGUUUAUUGAUGGAAGCUGUUAUUGAUACAAUUGUUGAUUUAACACUUGGACCUGUUCAAAGUCUUGUUACUAUAUUGAGAGAACAUGAAGAAAAAAAAGAUUUCAUAACACCACUGGCAAAAACUUAUUUUAUGGAUGUUGCUGAUCAUUGUAAUGAAAUUGUUGAUAAUUUGGAUACAAUGACAAAUAUUUCAGAGAAUUUAGUUAAUUUGGUUAAUUUUGGAAUGAAUUUCCAUACUUUCGAUGCACUUGAUUAUCCAUUAAGGUAG